AGAGAGGCCCAAGUGCAGACAAGAGCGGGGAGAAGGCAGUGAUCGGCGGAGCAUGAAGCUCUCUCUCGCGUAAGGAAGUGCUCGAUUGAGAAGCUGGAAUCCCAGGAUCAUCGAUCAGGACACUAUCACAGCAGGGCCGUAGGGAUCGCUAGCAGCCAUGGAGGUGGAGCAGAAGCAGGGCGAUUUGGUGCAGCAGUUUGUGUUGCUAGCCACGAGCGCACGGGGUCGCGCUGCCGUCGAGCUCAUCACUCAUGCCACAUCUCACCCGCAGCUAUUCGCCUUCUCUGAGCUUCUCGCCUCUCCGCAUAUCGCUGAGUUAAAAGGAACGGAGCAUUCUGCAUCUUUAGAUCUGCUUCGACUCUUUGCUCAUGGGACCUGGACCGAUUACAAAAAUAAUGCACAGAUGUUGCCUCGACUGGAUCCUCCUCAGGAACUGAAGUUGAAGCAGCUGACUGUAAUGACUUUGGCAGAAACAGCCAAGGUGUUGCCUUAUGAUUUGUUGAUGCAACAAUUGGAUAUUUCCAAUGUUCGGGAGCUUGAAGACUUACUUAUCAACGACUGCAUGUACUCUGGCAUAGUUAGAGGGAAGCUGGAUCAAAGACGUCGUUGUUUUGAGGUACAAUUUGCUGCUGGGAGGGACUUGAGACCAGGUCAGCUCGACAAUAUGAUCGCAACAUUGGCAAACUGGUUGAACAGUUCUGAUAAUUUGCUGCUUACAAUACAAGAGAAGAUCAAAUGGGCGGACAGCAUGAGCGAGCAAGUUCGGCGACACAAGAAGGAAGUCGAAGACAAGGCUGAGGAAAUGCGAAAAUCUAUAAAGGCUGAGAUGGAGUUGCGUGGACAACAAGAUGUUUAUUCCGAUGCUGGGGCUAUCAUGGAUUUUGUUGACGAAGACCGAAGCCGUCCGAAAAGGAGAUGUCUCUGAACGUCAAUUCGUUCUGUGCGAGUUCUACUAAGUGGGGUCCAAUGGGGGCUUUGAUGGGCACGCAGAAGGCGUUAGCUGCAUAUAUACGUUUACGUCAACAUUCUAGGCCGAAAGGGACCUGGCAGUUGCUGGGAAUUAUGCUUGGGGCUGCUUUUGGCGUUGACUUCUGGGUUAAGCUCUCAACAAUAUCUGUACCAUUAGCUGUCGUUGGAGAUCUCUAGUCCUGCACAGUACAUUUUACACGGAUUAGUCCUUUCACGUACUCAUGUAGGUACUCAGAUUUUAUAUAUGUCAGGUAGUAGCGUUAUAUUCCUGAGAAAGUGCGUGGUUAGCAAUCGCUCAUUGAAUUACAGUUGAGCCAUGUGAAAGGUCUUCCAUUCAUGAAUAUGCGUCCUUUUUCGGCGUUUCGCUCGAUGUGGUUGUUU